CACUGGGUUAGAGUCUGCGGGUCCUUCCCCGCCAGCGCCUUGGCUCUUUGGCUUGUUCAGUGGCUCUGGUUAUUUGUGAUUGCUCAGGCCGCGCCUGCAAACCGCGGGGUUUGCUUCACGCUGUCUGGGUCCCCCUGCUUUUGUGGCUUUGAUGGUGCGGCAGGCUCUGCACUCCUAAACCUCUAAAGCGAAUUUAAGAAGAUUUAUUCAUGUGCAUGACAUAGAAGAUGAAUUCUUCAUCCUCUACCAUGAAUGAAGAACCUGAUGCUCUAUCAGUAGUUAACCAGCUACGAGAUCUAGCAGCAGAUCCGUUAAAUAGACGAGCUAUUGUCCAGGAUCAAGGAUGUCUGCCUGGCCUUAUUUUAUUUAUGGACCAUCCCAACCCCUCUGUAGUCCACUCAGCUUUGCUUGCUCUUCGAUACUUGGCAGAAUGUCGUGCAAACAGAGAAAAGAUGAAAGGCGAACUGGGUAUGAUGUUAAGCUUGCAAAAUGUUAUACAGAAGACUACAACGCCUGGUGAAACAAAACUUCUGGCCUCUGAAGUCUAUGACAUUCUUCAGUCUUCCAAUAUGGCAGAUGGUGAUAGUUUUAAUGAAAUGAAUUCACGUCGGAGGAAAGCUCAGUUUUUUCUAGGAACUACAAACAAACGUGCCAAAACAGUAGUUUUGCACAUAGAUGGUCUUGAUGAUACGUCUCGAAGAAAUCUUUGUGAAGAGGCUUUGUUAAAAAUUAAAGGUGUCAUUAGCUUUACUUUUCAAAUGGCCGUUCAGAGAUGUGUGGUGCGCAUUCGUUCAGAUUUGAAAGCAGAGGCGUUGGCAUCAGCAAUAGCAUCAACCAAGGUCAUGAAAGCUCAGCAAGUUGUGAAAAGUGAAAGUGGCGAAGAGAUGCUGGUCCCGUUCCAGGAUACUCCUGUGGAAGUAGAGGAGAACACAGAGCUGCCUGAUUACUUGCCUGAAGAUGAGAGCCCCACAAAGGAGCAGGACAGAGCAGUGUCCCGGGUUGGCUCCCACCCUGAAGGUGGCGCUAGCUGGCUGAGCACCGCUGCAAACUUUCUAUCCCGAUCAUUUUACUGGUGACUUCGUCUUCAGUUUGGGGCUCAAGGACUGUGUGAACCAACAAGGGGCCAGUGUUCCAUUGUGGUGAACUGUCAGGUGCAAUUUGCAAUAAGUUAUCAUGAAAAGUUUUUAGAUUAUAUGAUUGUGUAUGCUGCAUUUUACAUUUUCUUGGACAUUUUACUCCACUGAGUGGUAAAAAGAACACAGGUUAUAGGUGGAAUUUAUUUGCUUGGGAAAGUAUUUUGGUUUUGUUUUCCUUUAUUUGUGUCACUUUAAAGAAAAAAAAGUGGGUCCACUGUUAAACCAAACAUGUAUGUGCAGCUUUACAUUUUAUUUUAUAUCAAGCACGAGAUUAGGAAAACUCAUUUCUCCUCAAGCCUCAGGAUCUAUCUGAAGAGAAGUUUUUUUGUAGUUCAAUUUGUGCAUGAAUUACUGAACAGUUUUCUCUGCUUUUCUUCAUGAACAAAUACAUGCUUUGGUACUUGUCACUGAAAGUUGAAAAUGUUUUUGGUUUUUCCCAAAAGAGUUUAUUCCCUUUUGUGCCUUUUUUAUUUUGCCAACCAUGUUUAUAGAAAGGAUGUUACUAAUGACAAUUUGCAAACAAUUUAUUCAUUGAAACAUAGUAGUUAUCUAAAAAUACAACUCAAUAAAAAUUUUGCAAUCUCAUUAUUUUAAUAAGAAUAAUGCAAAAUCAGUCAGAAGAAGGAAACAUGUUGUAUUAAAGUAUUUUUUGACCUAUUUGGAUAUGACCAAAUGUGGUUCUAAUUGUUUACUGUUUAUGUUAGCUCAUAAGAUGAGGUCCACCAUGAUAUUGUAAUUAUAAAUGGUCUCUUGGCCUUACAUUGAGAUUACAGAACAUUCCCUGCUAGAGGGAAAAAAGAGUAGUAAAGAACUGACGAACUUGAAAAAAGGAAAACAAAAACUGAAUGCCUAUAAUGCCAUAGUGCCACUCUGGUAGAAUCUAACUUUAAAAGACGAAUUGCCUGGCUGAGACCUACUCAGUAGGUAUUUCUUUGUAUUGCCUUUGUGAACAUAAUGAAAAUGCUGCAGUCAUAUUGGAGGAAAAAAGCAACCCAAUUUAUUGCUUAUAAAGAAAUAAAGCCAGCAUUGAUCACUUAAUCUUGUUUCUCAUGUCUAGCCCAAAGAAAAGAACUCCAGUGAAGGUAAGGUAAAUAAAUAUACACAGAUAGAUGGUAUCUUUUGGUAGGUAAGAGCUAAUUACAUCUAUGUAAUGCAUUAUUAAAGCUCUAAAAUACUUGGCAAUUUGUUUUAGAAGUCCAGCCAUAUCCAGAUAUGUUGUAAUGUUAACAUGAUUAAAAACUAAUAGAAAUUGAAGUCCAUUUUCAUCACCUUGUAGAGCUGCUAUUUUACUACUCAGAGAAUGUGAAAAAAAUUUGGACCCUGGAGGGUUUCCUUAUGUUUUCAUCAUUUCUCUUUUAGAGAAAAUUAAAAGCAUCCAGUAUUACUGGAGAAAAGUAAUUGUAAAAUACUACCACCAAAAAGAGUCUAGUGUUUGCUAACAUUGGGUUAUUCUGGAGGGAGAGGAAGAGGUAUUGAGGGUAUUGAGAACAAUAAUUUUUCAUGUGUCUGGUCUCUGAUUCAAGUAAUACGCACAAACAGAAAAUACAGGCUUCCAGGGCACAUAUUGCGUUAAUGCAUACUACUACUUGCUGCCAGAACCAGAUGUGUUGAAAGAAAGCAAACAAAACCACCUCCUUUCUACAGCCAUUAAAACAAAGUUUACUUUUCUGUUUUAACAAGUUAUUUUAUUUUGCAUUGCCACACAUCUGCUUAUUUAAUUUGGAAGUAAUGGUUCAGUAUAAGUAGAUAUUUCAGCUUGAUGUUUAUGUGUUUUAAGUGUUCUUUUAUUCCAGGUCUUAUAGAGCAGUUAAGGCAAAUGUAAUGACGUUUUUUGAAAUAUAUUGUACAGUAAUAAAAGGCAACAUAAUUAAAAUUGA